UUUAAUCAUAUUUCUCUUGCAGGCACUUCGCUUCCCCAAGGGGCCCACACUUUUAAAUUCAGCCUUAAAAUCCCAGAGGGGAACAUGCCUUCAUCCUUCCAGGGGAAACAUGGAAAAAUUGUCUAUGUGGUUGAAGCAAAGAUAACUAGGAGCUGGCGUUUGCCUUCUGCAGUACAAAAAGAGAUCAAGUUUGUUUCUAAGGCAUUUCUACACACUCCUCAAGUAAUGUGUCCACAAUCUCGUUCAGUGAGUAAAGACAUCGGUGUUUUCUCUAAGGGACAGGUUCAGAUGUCUGCUACCAUUUGCAGAGGAGUUUGUUUUCCAGGUGAAACUUCAUCUGUUGUUGCCAAAAUCUGUAACUCUUCCUCCAAGAACACGAGGCCCAAAUUCAAACUUCAGCAGAAAAUAGUGUACAGAUGCGAUGGCAAGACUAAAACCUGUGAUGAGACUCUGUUCAAAGCGGUCGGGGACACUAUCCGUCCAAACUCAGAGCAAACUGCCUCCUGCCAGUUGAAGAUUCCUAGUGAUGCCAUCGCCACCCUCCGUAACUGUGAUAUCAUCUCAGUUGAAUAUCAGAUAAAGGUAUAUCUGGACAUUAGUUUUGCCUUUGACCCAGAGGUGGUGUUUCCACUGGUCAUCAUUCCUUACAGAUUUGCAGCCAUUCAGCCUGGUGAGGCUGUGGGGCCUUACCCACCUAGUAGAGCCUGGGCUCCAAGUUACAGCAACUACACUUCCCUUGCCUUCCCCACUGGAUCAGAUGCUUGUCCCUCGCUAGAUCCCGCUCAGCAUGCAAACAUAACAAGUGGCAAUUUUAACCAGUGGCCACAAGGUGCUGCUCCAUACGGGUUUUCAGUUCCAGGAUUCACAUCACCUUCAGUACCUGCAUACCCUCCUGCUACGCCUCAGUUUCAACAGGGACAACCAUCUCCCUCAAAUCCAUCUCUUUCCCCUGAACUGGUUACGGAGCAAAUUAAUAAACUAAAUGUGAGCAGUAAGUGACACCUUAAAUAUAACUGUUAAGGCGAAAACCAAAUUGGUCAGAGCAUAUUCCUCAAACUGUAACUUUUAAAGUAUCUGAAAGAAAAGAAAGUGGAAUUAAAUCAUGUCAUUGAGCCUAGAUUUCCCCUCUUGAUGGCAGCAGAGGUCCAGCAUGACCAAAUAUAACAGUGCAGACAGUUCUUUGAUUCAUACUGCAAUCUCUGAUCUCAAAAGAGGUCUUUCAGUCUCUUAUUAUAUUUUUUUUGUUGAUCCAAAGAUUCCUCUGUGGUCGUUGUUUUUGCCUAGAUUUGGGAGGUAUAGUAUAUAAUCUUUCUCAGCUGUAAAUGAUUCAAAAUGCAGCUCCUGGAUUCUUAAGUUGUAUGAAAAAAGCAAUACAUAACUCAUGACAAUUAGUGUGUAAAGGGAAUAAAAAGUGUAGUGUGCUAAGGGUGGCAUUAUUAAUUAGAGCUUGCGGUGUGUGUGCUUUUUUCAUUUCUUUUUUCAGGAGCAUUCGUCUGCAGGUAACUAAUUAUUACGUAAAUUUGCUGGGAAUUUUACUUUUACAGUUAUUUUUUUUUGUCUUUGCUACAUUGUACCCAUGUCUGAUCUUUGUUUCUUGAAUGUUGUCAGUGGGUUUUAUAACAGCAUCAUCAGACAGUUGUUUAUGUCAGUAAUUUCCCAGCAUAUGUAGACAUUUGUCUCAUAAUUGGUAGUGUAGUUGAAACAACUGGUAGCAAUAAAGAUAACUUCAUAUCAAAGUAUAUGUAACACUGUAUUGCAACUGCUUUAUUUUAAGUUUUUCUAUUGUUAGAUUUUAUCUGUUUCUGUUUUUUGUUUUUCAUUUUUUCCUUUUAUAAUUUUAUCCCACAAUUUUCAUGCUGUUUAUCAUUGUUGUGCUUUUUGCUUGGUUUUCAUUUUUUUAUGCUUGUCUGUGUUUUACUUUUUCUUUGGAUACAUUUAAUGUAAAACUGCCAACUGCCCUUUUAAAUGUAGUAUAAAAAUGAAAUUGACUUGGCAUAUGUAAUUAUUGUUCACAUGUUUAGGACGAGAAAGCCUUCUUGAAGUGUUAUCCUUAGGAGGGUGCUGCAUUUUAUCUUAAAGAAUGUUUAAUUGGUUCUAUGUAUGCUGGAGACGUAAGGUUCUAAAGGUGAAACACUUGCCAGGGCUUGCGACUUAUGCAUUUUGUGACGACCUGCGUGGUCUCUGUUAAAUCACUUAACAGAGACCACGGUCAUUUUUUUAUACUUACUCCCCAAUAGGUUUGUCUUGCCUGAUUUGUUGUUAGAUUUUUGGCCGCCCUCUUGUUUUUGAUAUAUAAAACAUGUUGGCCCAACCAAAGAGAAAGAAAAUCACAAGAUAUAUGUAAGCUCAAAAGUGCAAAAUGGAAAAAAAACUACACACUAAUUCCGACUCUGGCAGAUAAUAAUACUAAAAUCAUAUUUAGCUCUCUAUAGAGGUUCGAGUAGGCUAUACAUUUAAGUGCGUGGCUUUUUUUAAAAUUUUUUUUACUGCAACCAUAUACUAGCCAGUGGUUGCCAGUGGACUCCCACACUGAAGUCCAGGCCCUGUAUUUUAACUGAUUAGUACUGGUUGAAGCUCAAAUAGUAAUCUGUAAUAAUUUUUUUGUUGACCUGAGCUACUGGU